AUGCCAUUAUCCUACGAGUUCUUCAAGCCUAACAUUAUUCUUCUAGCAGCCAUCCUUCUCACUACUCUAGCUUUACAUUUCCCCCCUAAGCUUCGCCCCCUUUUUCUUCCUCCGGCAUGGCUCCUCACGGCUUGGUCAUUCGCCUCUGUUCAAGGCAGCAUAGCCUCUGGAGGAUUAGUUGGACUUGAAUCCUACACAGCAAUAACGUGCAUCAUCCAUAUGCUAACUCUUCCUCGAAUUUUAUACUUCGAAAAUCAUUCAUUGUUAUCUAAGGCUCCGGAGACUAGCAACACCACGUGUUCAAAUAAACUUGUUCUGCCUCCCAGUAGGCCUAGCAUAUCGGCUGCGUGCUGGAUUUGGAAUAAUCCUCGGCGCUUGUCUCGCCAACGACUAGGACCUACAUCGGCACCGUGGCCGAAAAUACUCAAAUUCGCACUCUUCCGCAUUUGCAAGGUCGGAAUCAUCGUCCUUAUUGACCGAAUCUUUGUUCAAAAGGCUGGUGGAUAUAUCAAUGCUACUAGCACUAUACUCGAUUUCACCCCGGAUCAAGAGCCGAUCCUACGGCGCCUCUUCGUGGGGGAUGAAGAUGACCCAAUCUUGGCGCAUCAACUACUCCUAAGAGCGUUCGUGUGCGUCUCUUGGAUAUGGACGAACAUACUCAUACUCGAGUCGUACCACGCCAUAUUGUCCUUGUUGUUCGUUGUGAUAUUACGAUUUGACAACCCCGAGGACUGGCCGCCACUCUUUGGUAAUCUGAUAGAGGCAUGGACAGUAAGGCGGUUCUGGGGCAGAUUCUGGCAUCGUAUCGCAUCUCCAACUCUUCAUAUAUGCGCUAAAAUCUUCUCGCAACGCAUCUUGAAGCUGAAACCGGGAUCGGCUGUUGAUAAGGCAAUAGUUGCGUUUGGAAUAUUCUUCCUGUCGGGGCUUAUACACGCCAUGACGGCUUGGAAAGUUGGCCAGGGCGAAAGUCAUCGCGAUUUGCUCUUUUUCUGCGCCAAUUAUUUCGCUGUGGGGGGCGAGAUUUUCGUCUCAACCCUUCUCAGGAACUUGCUGUGCAGAACAAAGUACGAGGCCCUGCUAAGGGACGCGAGAAUACGCGUCGCCGGGAAAGUUUUAGGGUUUGCAUGGGUUUUCGCCUGGUUCUUCUGGUCAACGCCUAGGUGGCUCUAUCCUAAGAUUCUUCGUUGGUCUUUGAAGCAGGCAAUACUACGGUCGCGGGCAUAG